UUGACUUUAUUUUUGUUGAUGCUUUUACAUUGAAAAUACCACACCGGAAGCAUCUCUGCAUUUCCUUACUUUUUGUUGAAUGAAUGUGUGUAGGUGCUACACACCGCAGUCGGUUGGUGCCUUGGCUGAAGUCCAUCGGUUAAGAACAUUGGCUUCGGAAUCGACGUCUCUUUCCGCAGGACACAUUAAAGAGAGGGAUUGAUUUUAUAUCGAUACAUUCCUGAGCUGAAGUUCACUGACCGUUGAGCUGACCGAGAUGUUUCAGAUAAAAAGGAUCUGCUGCAUUGGUGCAGGAUAUGUAGGAGGCCCAACAUGCAGUGUGAUCGCCCAUAUGUGUCCAGAGAUCACAGUCACUGUUGUAGAUGUCAAUGAGUCUCGCAUUAAAGCUUGGAACUCUGAUACUCUGCCGAUAUAUGAGCCAGGUCUAAAAGAGGUGGUUGAAUCAUGCAGAGGGACAAAUUUGUUUUUCUCUACAGACAUAGACUCAGCCAUCAGAGAAGCUGACCUGGUCUUCAUCUCUGUGAAUACCCCAACCAAAACCUAUGGGAUGGGAAAGGGUCGUGCAGCUGACCUGAAGUUCAUUGAGGCGUGUGCGCGGCGGAUUGUGGAGGUGUCUGAUGGCUACAAGAUUGUCACAGAGAAGAGCACAGUCCCAGUUCGAGCUGCGGAGAGCAUUCGAAGGAUAUUUGAUGCCAACACUAAACCCAGCCUCAACCUACAAGUGCUGUCCAACCCAGAGUUCCUUGCAGAAGGGACAGCGGUGCGGGAUCUGAAGGAUCCAGACCGUGUCCUGAUUGGUGGAGACGAGACAGCUGAAGGUCAAAAGGCAAUCAGAGCGCUCUGUGCCGUCUAUGAACACUGGGUUCCCAAAGCACGAAUCAUCACCACCAACACGUGGUCAUCAGAGCUGUCCAAACUGGCAGCCAAUGCAUUCCUGGCACAGCGAAUCAGCAGCAUCAACAGUAUCAGUGCUCUGUGCGAGGCCACUGGAGCCGACGUGGAGGAGGUCGCCAAGGCUAUUGGCAUGGACCAGAGAAUAGGCAGCAAAUUCCUCAAAGCCAGCGUAGGUUUUGGUGGAAGCUGUUUCCAGAAGGAUGUGCUGAAUCUGGUGUAUCUAUGCGAGGCCCUCAACCUGCCUGAGGUGGCCUCCUACUGGCAGCAGGUGAUAGACAUGAAUGAGUACCAAAGGCGACGGUUUGCCUGCAGGAUUAUUGACUGCCUCUUCAACACUGUUACUGGUAAAAAGAUUGCUCUGUUGGGCUUCUCCUUCAAAAAAGAUACUGGUGACACAAGGGAGUCAUCGAGUAUCUACAUCUCUAAGUAUCUGAUGGAUGAAGGAGCCAAGCUCUUCAUCUACGACCCAAAAGUCCUUAAAGAACAAAUCAUUCAUGAUCUCUCCCAGCCCAGCAUCUCGGAGGACAACCCAGAAAGAGUGUCUGAGCUGGUGACUGUAACCUCAGACCCUUAUGAGGCUUGCCAGAGUGCACAUGCAUUGGUCAUCUGCACCGAGUGGGAUAUGUUUAAGGAACUGGACUAUGAGAAGAUCUACAAGAAGAUGCUGAAGCCAGCUUUUAUAUUUGAUGGCCGCAGGGUGCUGGAUCACCUCCACCCUCAUCUGCAGAGCAUCGGCUUCCAGAUCGAGACCAUUGGUAAGAAAGUGAUCGCCACAAGAAUCCCCUACACCCCAGCCGCGGUUUGUCCUCGCAUCAACGCCACUGAACCUCCCACCAAAAAAGCCAAAGUCUAAAACUCAACUCGCCCUCAUUUGCACACAACACCUUUCCUCUUUCAUCCUUUGUAUUUCUGAUGAAACAUAUCACUUACCUCUCUGCUGCUGGUGCCCAGUUAAAAAUCAAAAAGGCUAGAGCGUGUGUCUGAUUGCUUACCUGCAGUGGGUUGGAUGAGAGCAAGACGUUUGUUGAGCCAGUAUUGUGUGGAAGAAGUUCAGUGAUCAUCAUUCCAGACACAGAAGCGGUUAAUUUUAUACAUCAGGUUGAUCAGCAUUUAUCAACCAAACAUUUCAGAUGCGAUUAUACUUGUACUGUUUGUCUCACCUCAAUAGCCACUUUCAAAGGGACACAGUGUGAGUCUACUUUCUUAGAAUAUUUGCUAUAUAAUCAAGUGGUGUUGCUAAAUUGCAAAAUCUUUUUUAAAAUAUUUUAUAUGAGUCAUCUUACUGUAUGUUAAUCAGUAUGUGUCUGUAACCGUUUACUACAAGGGCCAAUGCAAUAAAACGUGUCCUUAA